GUACCAGCAGCAGCAGGGAGUGUCCCCUGUGCAGAUUGGCCCAGCUGGAGCUGAGCAAUGCCAGGGCUGCUAUAAAAGCCCUGCCUGGGCCAGACUGGACCAAGCAGUGCCCUGGCCACCUUCUCCUCCUCGGGAACAAGGAGCAGCCUCGCAUCCCACACCAAGAUGUCCUGCUACGACCUGUGCCCACCCCGUACCAGCACGGACCUGUGCCCGCCCAGAACCAGCGUGGCUGUGCCCCAGCCCAUCGCUGAGAGCUGCAACGAGCUGUGCGCCCGCCAGUGCCCCGACUCCUCUGCCUUCAUCCAGCCACCGCCCGUGGUGGUCACCUUCCCCGGCCCCAUCCUCAGCUCCUUCCCCCAGCAGGCCGUGGUGGGCUCCUCCGGAGCACCGGCCUUUGGCGGCUCCCUGGGGCUGGGCGGCCUCUACGGCGCCGGCGCCACCCAGGCCUCGGGGGGCCUCUGCACCUUUGGCAGAGCCUCCGCUGCUGCCGCCUGCAGCCCCUGCGCCUUGCCCCGCUACAGCAGGAGGCUCUGGGACACCUGCGGGCCCUGCUAGGCUCAUCUUAGGGCCUUUUUCGUCUGUCAGCGAUGGAGAACUCUAGAAGUUGUUAAUCUGGGCUGUUGCUGUCACUUCUUUUUCCUUUAAUCCUUUUCUUUACUUAUCUUUAGGAUUUUACCUGUCCUCCAAUUUGAUGAUCUAGUCCCCAAUGUUCUCCCUUGUGAAUUAUUAUGUAAAACACUUUCAUUGUUCUUUCCUUUUCUUUAGUCUUUAUUAUGUCAUUUUUAUCAGCGUCAUGUCAUAUUUGCAUCUAUAUAGCU